GCUGGUGCUGCUUCACAAACGUCACAACUUUGUGUCUUUGCUGAUGUGAAGUGAGUGUUUGUGCUGCUUCUUCCAGGAGGAGGUGAAGCUCGGCGGAGCGCCCAUGUCGCUGUCAGCUGACCUGAGCUGCCUGCAGGGCAGCAGAGGCGCCGAGCGCGAGGUGGCGCUGACCACGCUGGAGAAACAGCUGAUCUGCCCCAUCUGCCUGGAGAUCUUCAACAAACCCGUCGUCAUCCUGCCGUGCGAGCACAACCUGUGCAGGAAGUGUGCCAACGAGCUCUACCAGCCGUCUCUGUUCCACGCUCGGACCACCAUGAUGGUGAACAGCGGCCGUUUCCGCUGUCCGUCCUGCAGACAAGAAGUGGUGCUGGACCGCCACGGCGUCUACGGCCUUCAGCGAAACCUGCUGGUGGAGAACAUCAUCGACAUCUACAAAGAGGAAGUCAACAGCACCAGGUUGAGACACAGCCAGGAGAACUGCAGCAUUCAGAAACAGAGCGUGUGCGAGAAGUUCAACCACAUGUUCUCCAUCCUGGAGGAAAGACAGAAGGCGAUGACGCAGCGAAUCAGCUCUGAGCAAGAGGAGAAGACGGGCCACGCGCGGGCGCUGGCGCGUUGCCAUGAUGACAGCAUGGCAGCCAACAGCAGGCUGGCGGAGAGCGCCGCGAGCAGCAUGGAAGAGCCCGACAUGGCCGCCUUUGUUCAGAGUUCAGCAGAGAUGAUCACCAAGGUGAAGGCGGCGAGUGCCUCGGGUCCGUCCGAGACGCUGAGACCAGGUUACGAGCGCCUGAGUCGUUACAGGUUUAACUUCAGCGAGCAGGAGAGGGCGCUGAAGAGCAUCGACUUCAUCAAAGCCGUGAAGGAUGUUCCUGAAGAACCAGAGCUGGACCCAGAGCCAAAAGAACCCAAAGAUUCUUUGAUCCAGAACACAGAACCAAACGAGAACCAGCAGGCGGCAGAGGAGGCUUCAGAGCAGGAGACUCCUGAGCUGGACUCGGGUCAUGUCACGGAGGGAGAGGAGGAAGCCGCCGCCGAUCUAGCUAAACAGGGCGGCGAGCGGCAGGAGGGAAUGAGCACACAGCAGGCUGUCACACUGUUCUUCUACCUGCUCGCCCUCCUGGUCAUCCUGCAGAGGGCGUGGGCUUACGUCGGCUGCUUUAUUUGCACAUAAACGCCACACGGAGCCGCAUGAACAUCACUGCCGCACAGCUCAGGAUUCAGGAGCCUCGUACUGCUCACGCUCACCUCCACCUGCUGUCCCUCCAGGAGGGAGACCCACGGCCCUCGCAUCGCUGCCUCCACCUCCUCCACUUCCUCCUCAUCUGCCCAGUUUUUCUCCUGGCUGAGCCCCACCCACAACAAGAGUUAGGUGGUGGGUGGAUGGUUGGGGGGGGGUUCCUCUGAGAGAUGUUUGGUUGUUUGGGCUCUUAUUUUGAAAUUACAUUUUUGGGCUCGUUUUUGUAGAAAGUGUGACAGACGAUCGCUGACCUGACAGGAAGUAAAAGCAGAGAAAUAACGAGGUUCACAGGCCGAGGAGGCGUGACACAUUUAUGUGCGUGUGAGUGUGUCGUGAUGAUGAUGAUGAUGCUUCUCACAUAUUCAUUGUUGAUUUUUAAAUAAUAACUUUUCUGAUUUAGUUUCAUGACUGACUCAUUCAGUCUUUGGACACUUUGAGUUUCUGCGUGUUUCUCAGUGUUAAAAUGACAAAUCAGUGAUUCCUGAGAUUUGGGACAAAACAGGUUUUAAUUUUCUAAAAAGUAUUUUUUGAUUUUUCAAAAUCAUAUUUACAUAUAAUUGUUACACUAUAAGUUUUGGCCGUCUUACCAUGUUUUGAUCUCCCAGGUGUAACAUUUUUAAUCAUUUAUGUUUUUGCUGGAGAAGUGCAACGUUUUAGUCAACACCAUCAGACACAAAGAAAUGCACAAAUAUAUAUUUUAAAUUAAGUGUUUCAGCUAUUUUGACUUUUAGCAGCUUCUCUGUUCUACUGUUUAUGCACAUUUUCAAACUAAUUAUACCAGGUUUAAAAGUAAGAUUGUUUUGGCUUUUUGUUAUUAGAGUUACAGUCGUACAUAAGAAACAAUCAUAUUUAGCAGCAUGAAAAUUACACAUUAUUGAGAAAAUUAACUAUUUUUAUUGGAAGAUCAUGAGGGAUGAUAAAUGAAAUGAAAACAAAAAACCUCACCAUGGCAUGUGUAUUGAUCAGGAAGUGGUAAAGGGGUCCUCAGAGUGUAAGCUGCCCACAAUCAUUCCUGAUUUUUUUGUACUUUUUUAAAAAUCUGAUGGUGUUGACAAAAACUCUGGACACGAUUUGAAUCACUUAAAAUAUGCAAAUAAAUUCCAGUUGUACAUUUUGAUGUUAUAUAAGGUAUUGACUUAAAUACUUA